AUGGCAACACUUCGGGAGCGAGUGCAAGCCGCCAAUGUCGCCUGGGCAGCUGGCCCGACUGAUGCUGCGGCGGUGUCGGCUGCGGCGGAAGUCGACGAGUCGCGCCGCCAGCUCGUUCAGGUGUCGGCGCAGGAAGCGGAGACGCGUGGCUAUGCGAUCAGCACUGAGCUGUGCAUGGCACAAGUAGAGGGCCACAGGCAGGACUUGCAGGCGGCGCUGGCCAGCUCCCAGGCCGGGGUCGCGGAGCUGGAGCUGUGCAUGAGGUCGCUACGUGCGCAGACGGCAGCUGAGCGGGACCGAGCGUCAGCAGCGCAGGGCCAGGCUGAGGCGGCACGGACGGCGCAGAGCGAGGCACAGGCGACAGCGGCAGCGGCAGAGGAGCGUGCUGGGCAGCUGGAGGAAGCGUUGGAGCAGGCCAGGGCAGUAGGGGAGUCUCUGCAGGCACAGCUGUGCUGCGAGGAAGAGGGCAGGCGUGCCGAGAAGGCACAAGCGGCUGCCGCACUGCUACAGGCACAGAAGGAGGCGGAAGGGGCGGCCACUCUUCUGGCAAUGGCCCAGCACGAGAACAAGGCGCGGCAGGGCCAGCUCAAGCAGCAGCUGGCACAGCGGGAUUGGGAAGCGCAGCAGGCGCAGCAGGAGCAGGCGGGCGCCAUCAUUGAGCUGGAGGGCCAAGUGCGCCAGCAGGUGGAGCUGCUGGUGGAUGGAGAGCGGGAGCGGCAGGGCUUGAUGCAUGAGCUGCACUCGGCCAAGCAAGGUGCUGAGCUGGCGCGACAGCUGGCGGGGCGCGACGAGGCGCUGGACAAGCUCAGGUGCCAGCUGCGGGACAUGAAUGACCUCGUUGCUGCGCUGAAGCGGGCUGGCCUGGAGCAGGCCGCCAGCCUGGAUCAGGUGGAGGCGCACGCAGCGGCGUCGGCCAAAGAGGCUGCCGCCCUCCGCGUCGAGCUGAGCGCCAAGGCGGCUGCGCUGCGUGAGCGCAAUGCGGCAGAGGAGAUGCUUGCGGAGCGGCUGCGGGCCUCGGAGGGGCGGCUGCGGGCCUCGGAGGGCCAGCACCGGGAGCUGCAGGAGGUGCACGGCGCGCUGAAGGUGGCGCACGCGGAGCAGGGCACCAGCCUGCGGCGGCAGCUGGCGCUGGCACGGCAGCGGCUGAGCGACGCGGCAGCGGCGCAGGAGGCGGCGGCGGCGGAUGCGGCAGAGGCGCGGCAGCGGUCGGAGCAGCUGAGUGCUGCCGUGGCGGAGCAGGGGGCACUCAGGGAGCAGCUGCGUGGGGCGCAGCAUGAGGCGGCCACCUACAAAGGCCGCUACCUGGCGGUCCAGCACGCAAACGACAGCCUGCGCCUGCAAAUCAUGGCGGCACCGACUGCGGGGCCAGCUGCCGCGCGCACACAAAAGCCCGUCCCGGCAAUGGCGCACCUCCCACCCUCGCCCACGGCUGGGCGCCCCGCCAUCGCCCUCGGCUGCCGCAUCACCGCGGCGGCAGCGGCGACGCCAGUGGCACGCAUGGCAGCAGUGGGGCUCCCUGUGUGCAUUAGCGUGCAUCACUGCGAGCCACACGACCGGGAGCACGAGUAG